AUGAGCAUAAAUUCAAAUGACACAGUGUUCAACAGAAUCACAAGAUUGAAUGAAACAGGUUACGAAGUUUGUUAUGAUGCUCCACCCCAUACUGUUUCAGAUGGUUUAUGGGGUGGAAAAGAAAAUGGAAGAACUCCACUCAAAUCUUUUGUUCCCUUGUUUGAAUUACAAGUGCUUGUCAUUUUCGCCCUCACCGAAAUCACCACUUUGGUCCUCAAACCUCUGAGACUUCCUCCAUUCAUCUUACAAAUGAUUGCUGGUUUGAUUAUAGCCAUUUUGUUUGAGGUGAAAGAAAUAGAGAAAUACAUGACAGCGGUGUUUCCUUAUGGAACUCAUGACAUAAUUUCGGCGAUUUCAUCAUUUGGUUUUGUGUUAUUCAUUUUCAUAAACGGGGUACAAAUGGAUUUCAGCAUGAUAACGAGGACGGGAAACAAGGCAUGGACAGUUUCGAUUAUUGGUUUGGUGGUACCAUUAUUUGUUGGUAUUACACCAUUACUAGUGUACCCUGAAAAAAUAAUAGCCAUUGAGGUAAAAAACGGAAAUGGAAUUUAUGUUGCAUUGGUUUCUCAUGCUAUAAGUUCAUUUGCGGUGAUUGCUUCGCUUUUGAGUGAACUGCAAAUCCAAAACUCCGAGCUUGGUAGAUUGUCUUUGUCCUCGGCUUUAGUUAGUGACAUAUUGAGCACGGUUGUUACAACCAAUAUUAUCGCGGUUAGGACUAAUCCUAGUCUGAAAGUGGUUUCGAGAAACUUGAUCUCGCUCUUUAUACUUGCAGUAUUCGUUCCAUUAAUAUGCAGACCGAUUAUGUUUUGGAUCAUUAAACAUACACCAGAAGGACGAAAUGUCAAAGACGGUUACAUUUAUGUGAUUAUUGCAUUGGUUUUUGCUUUAGGUGUUGUAUCAGUUAAGAUAGAUCAAGAAUUUGUCUUAGGAGUUUUCAUUUUGGGACUUUCCGUUCCCGAAGGACCUCCUUUAGGAUCUGCCUUGGUUAAGAAGCUUCAGUUCUUUGGACCGACGCUUCUUUUGCCUAUCUUUGUGACUACUUCUGUAUUGAAAGCAGAUUUUUCAAUCGAUUUUUCAUCGUUCGUUAUGGUUUCUACCGGUAUGGUGAUUCUUUUGACUCAUGUGGUUAAAAUAGCAGCAUGCUUUAUAACUGCCCUCUGCUGCAAGAUGCCUGUCAAUGAUGCUUUGUGCCUUUCCCUCAUUUUGAACACCAAAGGUGUAAUCGAAAUCGGCGCCUACCAUGCCUUAUUCGACAAUAAUGUUAUCGACGGGAAAACAUAUGGAGUUAUGAUGUUAAGUGUAAUGAUCAUAGGAACCAUUGUGCAUUGGUCAGUGAAGUUUUUAUAUGAUCCAUCAAGGAAAUAUGCAGGAUACCAAAAACGGAACAUCGUUGGUUUAAAGCGAAACUCGGACCUGAGAAUACUAUUAACAGUUCAAAAACAUAAUCAUAUUUCAGGAGCAACAGAUUUCUUAGACAUAUGUUGUCCAACAAAUGAGAAUCCACUCACAGUUGAUGUGAUUCAUGUAAUUGAGCUAGUUGGAAGAGCCUUACCUGUUUUCAUUCCUCAUUGCCUUCAAAGACAACUAUCGAGAUCCGCUUCGCAUAAAUCAUAUUCCGACGAUGUCAUUCUUGCUUUCGAUAUCUACGAGCACGAAAAUCAAAAUGCAUUAUCAAUAAACACUUACACAGCAAUCUCUCCUGCAAAUCUCAUGUAUGAAGAUGUUUGCAACCUAGCAUUGGACAAAGUUGCAUCCAUCAUAAUUCUUCCUUUUCAUAUAAGAUGGUCUAGCGACGGCGUUGUUGAAUCCGACGACAAGAAAAUACUCCGAGCGUUGAAUCAAAAAGUCCUCGAAAUAGCUCCAUGUUCGGUCGGAAUCCUCGUAACUCGCGCUAAUUCGAUACCAAAGACAGCAUCAUCAAACUCAGUAGCAUUGGAAUAUUCCAUUACUCGAUUAGCCAUCAUUUAUAUAGGCGGAUCAGACGACGAUGAAGAAAUUUUAUGCUUAGCGAAACGAGCGAUGAAUAGUCCAAGGAUCAAACUAGUUGUUUACCAUCUUGUUGCUAAAGACUGCAUAGCAGAAUUGGAGGACUUAAUGGUAACUGGUGAGGAAAUGUUGCAAGAGCUGAAACAUUCGGAAAAUGUGAAGUAUCAAGAGAUUUUCACAAAGGAUGGAUCACAAACAGCUGGUUUUCUCCGUGACAUAGUGACCGAACACGACUUUUUUAUAGUCGGGAGAAGACACGGAAGCAUGUCGCCUCAAACAGAUGGAUUGUCAGAAUGGAGUGAGUUUCCAGAACUUGGUGCUAUUGGAGAUUUUCUAUCAUCACCUGAUCUUAAUAGUUGGGCUUCUGUUUUGGUAGUGCAGCAACAACUUUCGUGCAAGAAUGAACUCAAAGGAUGGGUUUUGUAG